ACAACAGCCUCGCCAACGUCGGAUCCGCAAGAAGAUGAGCGGCUAUCCACCGCCGCCGGGUGCCUGGACCACCGGCCUCUUCGGCUGCUGCAGUGAUUGCAAAAGCUGCUGCCUGGCGUUCCUCUGCCCGUGUGUCGCGUUCGGUCAGGUGGCGGAGACAUUAGACAAGGGCGCCACAUCCUGUGGUAUGGCCGGUGCAAUCUACUGCGUACUGAUGCACGCGGGGGUGUGCCUGCUCCACUGCCUCUACUCCUGCUCCUACCGCCGCAAGCUCCGCGCGGCGUACGGCCUGCCGGCGGAGCCAUGCCCCGACGGCUGCGUCCACCACUACUGCGAGCCAUGCGCGCUCGCCCAGAUGUACCGGGAGCUCAAGAACAGAGGCUCCGACCCGGCAGAUGGAUGGGAAGCUAACUCACAAAAGAUGGCCAUGGCUCCUAUACCAAUGCAAAACAUGACGCGUUGAUGGCGAGUGUGGACUUGAUCAGCUGUAGGGUUGUAGCUUGCAGUACAUUUGUGAGUGCUGUGUUUGCAUCAUGAAGUAAAUAAAUAGGGGUCCAUGUGCGGAUCAGGUGUGAAUUAUUGAUAGUAAAUACUCCCUAUUCUCUUUUGAUAGAUGAUUUAUUUCUAAAAAUCAGAGUUUCAGAA